GUUUGUAAUUAAUUAACUCGAUAUUCGUCUGCAGAAUCAGUUUAAGUUUAUUUUGAAAUGGGAAAAUGUUUCCAAAGUUUAUUUUGUUUAAUUUUGAUGCUGGAUGUUUGUUGGUGCGUGAAGGUGGUUGGUAUUCGUGACGAAUCUGUGGCGAGCGUCAUAACGGGAGGGGUUGUCACUUUGCAUGCCGAGUCAACUUUUAAUCUUCGGUUGUUCGGAGAUAAUUUCACCGAAUCAUCAUCAAUCAAGUUUACCGAUGAGUCAGCGGAAUAUGGGAGGUCAUGUGACGAUCUUGCGAUGUCCGGAAAAUAUUCCGUUCACACGAGGUCCUCGUACUCGGCCAUUGUCACGGCAAACAUCGACUCCAUUGUUCCAAACAAUGGGUCAUUGUUCUACCUUUGUUUACGCUCAGAUGGUGGCUACAUCCACCAGGGGGCAGACAAGUGGUUAACAAUAUUAUUGAAACCCCCGGUGGUGCCGGCCGCAAAAAGUUUGCUACCACUCCCAUUACAGAUCACUAUCAUCGCCGUUCUUCUAUUAAUGUCGGGGUUAUUCUCGGGUUUAAACCUGGGGUUGAUGUCGCUUGAUCCAAUGGAUUUACAAAUCGUGAUGAAGUCGGGGACAAAGUCCGAGCGACGAUACGCAUCGCUUAUUUACCCUGUAAGGAAGAAAGGCAAUUUCCUCCUUUGUACUUUACUACUUGGGAACGUUCUUGUUAAUAAUACGCUAACCAUAUUGCUUGGAGAUUUAACAUCUGGUGUUAUGGCUGUUAUUGGUUCAACUGCAGGUAUUGUUGUAUUUGGUGAGAUUGUUCCCCAAGCGUUAUGUUCAAGAUAUGGACUCCAUGUUGGAGCUUACACGAUCUGGUUGACCAAGAUAUUUAUGGUGUUGACGUUUAUAUUAUCGUAUCCCAUAAGUAAGAUACUUGACUUUAUUCUGGGGAAGGAAAUCGGGACGAUUUAUAACCGAGUAAAGUUGCUGGAGAUGUUGAAGUUGACGGAUCCAUACAACGACUUAGCGAAAGACGAAGUAAAUAUCAUCCAGGGGGCGCUAGAGUUGCGUUCGAAGACGGUUGAAGACGUAAUGACUCCGAUCGCUGAUUGUUUCAUGAUUGAUAUCAAGUCAACACUCGAUUUCCAGACGAUGCGUGAAAUAAUGUCGACGGGUUACACAAGAAUCCCAGUAUUUGACGUUGAACGAACGAAUAUUACGUCGAUAUUAUUCGUUAAAGAUCUCGCAUUUGUUGACCCGGAUGACUGCAUGCCGCUACGUACCGUGUGCAAAUUCUACCAACACCCUCUCAACUUUGUGUUUAACGAUAUAACGCUCGAUAAACUACUCGAUGAAUUUAAAACAGGUACUUUCCACAUGGCGAUCGUUCAUCGGGUUAACAACGAGGGACCGGGAGAUCCUUAUUAUGAGGUCAUAGGUAUCAUAACAAUGGAAGAUGUAAUCGAAGAAAUUAUAAAAUCGGAGAUAAUCGAUGAAACUGAUGUUUAUACUGACAACAAAACCAAGAAGUUAAACGUGAUGCGACAAGCCAUUCCUGUCGAUUUGUCACUUUUCUCCGAGUCCGGUGGCGACAAGAAACCCCGGGUUUCCCCCCAACUAACCCUCGCUGCGUUGAGGUUCCUACGGGCUGAGGUUGAGCCGUUUAAAAUAAUCUCGGAAAAAGUUUUGCUUCGUUUGUUGAAACAAGAUGUUGUUGUUGUGUUGAAACUUGAAGAACACGACAAUAAUCGCGACAAACUUUUAAUUUAUCAACAGAAUGUUGCGUCCGAUUAUUUUGUUCUCGUGCUUGAGGGUCAAGUAAAGGUCAAAGUUGGCAAGGAAAAUUUGGAGUUCGACAGCGGUCCGUUUACUUAUUACGGAACAAUGGCCCUAAUGCCCGCUGCCGAUGUUUCGACGACUUCUAUCGGGAAGAAAUCGCAUCGAAAUAAUUCAUUGUCCUCGUCACAAUUAUCUCCGGAGACAGAAACCCCGUCGACACCCGACCUUACGAGGAUGACUCAGCACUUUGUGCCCGACUAUGCACUUAUUGCAACAACUGAUGUCAAGUUUAUAAAGGUGUCUCGCAAACAAUACUUGAACGCGAUACGAGCGACACGCAUGGCCGAGGACAGCCAAUCAGAAGCAGCGACUGAAACCCAACCACCCGUGACCGAAGUACCGAGAUUUUUGCAAAACUAUUGUUCCAGUUUGGAAGUUGCAUCGAAAAACAAUAACAACGAACACAACAACGAUGAGGACGAUGGGAGUUGUUUGUCCCAAAGUCACCCUGACCUCGCGCGCCAACGUGCCCCGUACUUACAAAGUAAAAGCGUGUCGUCUGGUCACUUGAUGGCGAUUGCAGCAAAAUAUGCGAACGUUGCGGGUGAUCGAGUUCAUCACGGUUCAUUGAUUAUGGCCGUGAACUCUCCGCGACCCCUCGAUGAAAACCUUGAAACUCAAAGUUUAAAAUCAAACCCGGGAGCUUCUAAUGAAAGAACUAACCUCCUUAAACAAUGAACCAUUGUUAUAUAAACAAUGACCUUUAUUACACGCACUUCAAUUUUAUUUCUUACUAAAAAUAUAUAUUUUUGGAUCCAGAUUUUUUAUUUCUGGUCCCCAAUCAUAAAUUAAUUUCUUUUGUAGUUUGGCUCCAAUAAGUGGCGUUUUUGUUUCGUGUAUUUUUGUUGUGGUUUUAAAUAAAAAUGUAUUUAUGUACCUUAUGCGCGCUCGAAUAAUUGGUAUUUUAAUUUUUACCUCCCCAACGUUUCUUUGCUCUGUUGCUCCACCUGUUGGUAGAGAUUGUUUCGAAAGUUAUCCGCUAGGUUUACUCAAGAGUAAUAACGUUUAGCGCCAUCAAGAAUAUAUUUUCCCACUUAGCUUGUCCGCGUGGUGGCAGUGUGGGGCCAUCUGGUAGAAUUGUUUGGUUAAAACAUUUUUGUCGCAAACCAAAGUUGGUUCUGCGUGCAUGGUUGUUUUUAACUUUAUCUAAAAUAUUGC